AUGUCAUCUAAAAGUAAGGACAACCUUAGUGAGGCAGAUUUAGCUUAUAAGGAUGAACUUGACGCUCUGGUCAAUGACUUGUUAAACACAGAUCUGUGUGACCCUGUGUCUGUCCAUAUUCUGUCAAACCUUGUAAAUCAUGCCACCAGUGAUGCUGGAAACAUAUCCUCCUUGCCAAAGGCACUUCAGUUUUUAAUAGAACAUAAGGUAGCUCUUGACGAAUUCUACAAGCGCUAUAGUUCCAAAAAUGGAGAAGAUUGUUAUUCACUCAUACUACUUCUUGAGCUAGUAAGCUUCUUAGAGGCGAUUAAUAUAUCUGACGAAAAGAAGAACUCAGAUGCUGAUGAUACUAUUCCAUUGCUGUUGUCAUCAUUCAAGCUACUGUUAUAUAAACUUGAGGCUAAUGUUAUUGCUGAUCGUAUGUUAUCUUUACCCUUGACAGAUGAUAUUAAGUCUAAACUGACAUCUAGGAAAAUUAGCGAUUGGGGAAAUGAAUAUUUAAUAUCAUUAUCUGCUCAACUUGUCAGUUUUUAUUCACUAUCUUCUAUACGUAACGAAUAUUCUAAAAUUUCAAGUUUUACAUUAAUUGAAACUACAGAAGUGUCAUGCAAGAGCUUGAUAAAGGAACAAAAUAUUACAAUGAUAAUUGUAGAAUCGUUGAAGGCUAUUGAAGCAUUAACUACAUAUUGGUUACAAAAUGGAUUUGAAUUUGAUGCUAUAGAUUUGUUAUUGGAGGUCGAUCGUAUAGAAUCUAUUUAUAAUAAAUGCAGUAAUGAUUAUGACUUAGUUACAAGGGUUUCCACAUAUUUAUCCUCUAUUGCAUCAUACGCAGCAACUCCAUUAGAAUCGCAAAGAAUACUCACAGUAACAUAUGAUCUCUUACUGAACAAUGAUAGAUCAGCUGAAGCACUACGUAUUGCAUUAAAAUUAAACGAUUUCAACAAAGUACACUCACUUAUUUUGUCAUGUAAGAAUAGCAAUGUUCGCAAACAAUUGGCUUUCAUAUGUGCCGGAAACGGUAUACAUUUAAAUUAUACAAUGGAUGAUUUAAAAAAUAUAGAUUCCUCCCUAACCGAAGCUGACCUAGAGGAAUUAAAUAAUUUGUCCUCCGGAGAACAUCUUAGUGGCUUCUUUUUGAAUUUAUGUCAAGAAUUGGAUGUACUCGAUCCUAAACACCCCUCCGAAGUCUUCAAGGGGUACCCUACUAAGUCAAACCUAGGAGUAACAACACAGCUCGGUCAAACUAUAAGCGGAGUUUCAAUUGAUUCCGCAAAGGAGAAUUUAGCUCAUUCUUUUGUUAAUGGAUUUGUGAAUUGUGGAUUUGGCACGGAUUUGCUGCUAAAGGAAGACGGUUCGAAUUGGAUAUUCAAACACCAAGAAGCAGGUUUGCUUUGUGCUGCCGCAUCGGUCGGAUUACUAAAUUUAUGGAAUAUUGACGAAGGGUUAUCACAAAUUGAUAAAUACCAAUAUAGUUCCGAUUCAAAUAUUAAAGCCGGUGCUUUUGCCGCGUUUGGAUUGGCAAGUUGUGGAGUUGUUUCUGAAAGUGACCCCGUUGCUGGCCUAUUAAUGGACCAAAUAGAUAAUCAAAAUCCAACUGAAAAGCUUGGAGCGAUUCUUGGUCUUGGAUUUGGUUAUGCUGGAAGUUGCAGAGAAAAUAUCCUAGAGAUAUUGAUUCCAUGUAUUAUCGAUGAGUCCCCCUCAAACACACUAGAAUGUAGUGUGUUCUCCGCGAUAUCAUUGGGCCUUAUUUUCGUUGGAACAGGGAACCAAGAAGCUGCUGAAGCUAUAAUUCAGACCUUGAUAGAGAAAGAACUUGGAUCUCCUCAAUCACUGGAUUCUCCCCUUUCAACAAUGUAUGCGUGCGCAUUGGGAUUGUUGCAAAUUGGGCGUAUGGAGGCAUGUGAACCCUUAAUAGAAGCAUUAAGUGCCUUGCAACAUCCUUUUGGAAAAUUCGCGAUUACUACUGUUGAGUCAUUUGCAUUUGCUGGAUCCGGAGAUGUCUUAAGAAUUCAGAAAUUGUUGAAAUGUUGUGUAGGUCAUGAUGCUCCAACUACAACUGUUACCACGGAAGCAUCAGAUGGUGAUGUGGAUAUGGAAGGGAAUUCCGAACCCAAGAAAGAAACAACAAAAGUUGGAUUUGCAUUUGGUUCUGGGGAUGAAUCUACAAGUGGAUCUGCUGAGUCAUCUAUAGCUAUACUUGGAAUUUCUCUUAUAUCAUUGUCGGAGCAGGUUGGUUCUGCUAUGAUUGCUCGAUUAGUUGAACAUCCUUUACAAUGUGGAUCACCUUAUGAAAGAAGGGCAGUACCGUUGGCACUAGCUCUAGUAAAUGUUUCAAAUCCUAAUCCACAGGUUAUUGGUAUGUUGAGCAAAUUAACACAUGAUACGGACAAAGAUGUUUGUCUCCAUGCGAUUUUAGCCUUGGGUAUAGUGGGUGCCGGUACGAAUAAUUCUAGGAUUAAUGUAUUACUACAAAACAUCGCUAGGUGCAACUCUAGGGACAUGACGUUGAUGUUUGUUCUAAGACUUGCUGUUGGACUAUUGUUCAUGGGUAAAGGUACAACCACGCUAACACCUCUGCGCUCUGAGGGAUUUUUACUUAACAAGGUUGCAUUAGGUGGCCUUUUGGUAGUUUUAAUGGCAUCUCUUAAUUUAAGAAAUACGAUAGUUGAUAAGAUGCCAUACGUUUUGUUAUAUGUGGCUUUGGCCAUAAAACCAAGAUGGCUAAUCACUCUGACCCCAGAUUUAGAGCUAUUGCAAAUCCCUGUGCGUGUUGGAAAUAUUGUAGAAACUAUCGGAACUGCAGGAAAACAACGUAAGAUUUCCGGGUUUCAAACACACAAGACUCCCGUACUUGUUGGCGUAGCUGAGCGUGCAGAACUUGCCAAUGAAGAAUAUAUUUCAUGUACUCCAUUCUUAGAAGGAAUCGUUAUAGUAGAGAAAAACUUGAAUGCAAAUAUAGAUGCUACAUAUUAUGGCUGA